AUGGAUCUAUCUCCUGAAAUAGGUGCUACCUCAAUGAUUAGCCACUGCUUCUUGUAUCCUUUAUCUGUCUCAGUUUGUUCAUAUCUAUCUAUCUAUCUAUCUAUUAUCUAUCUAUCUAUCUAUCUAUUUAUCUGUCUCAGUUGGUUCAUAUCUAUCUAUCUAUCUAUCUAUCUAUCUAUCUAUCUAUCUAUCUCAAUCACAUUUCCAAGAAUAAAAGAAAAUGGUUUAAAAAUUUACAUAUUAUUAUUUUAUCUAUCUAUCUAUCUAUCUAUCUAUCUAUCUAUCUAUCUAUACAUUAUUUUUAUAGAUACAAAUAUUUUCUAUGAAAUUUCUCGUACAUUCAGACCGAGUGGCUUUUUUUACUUUUUCUUUUUUUUUUUUACCCUGUUUUGCUUUUUUAAUUUUGGUUUUGUUUUUUCUCUUUUUCUUUUCUUUUUUUUCUGCCUUAUUUUAAUUUUCUUCUUUUUCCAUUUUUUUUCUUUUGCCUUUUUCUUCUCCAUUCCCCGUUUUCUUUCUUCUUUUCAUUUUUUUUCUUUUUUUUUUGUUUUCGUUUUGCAUUUCGCUUGUCCCUUUUUCUUUCACCCUUUUUCUCUUCCGUUCCCUUUUUUUCUUUUUCAUCUUUUUUCUUUUCCUUUUCUCUUUUUUUCUUUUUCUUUUCUUUCCUCUUUUUUCUUUUUCAUCUUUUUUCUUUUCCUUUUCUCUUUUUUCUUUUUCUUUUCUUUCCUCUUUUUUCUUUUUCAUCUUUUUUCUUUUCCUUUUCUCUUUUUUCUUUUUCUUUUCUUUCCUCUUUUUUCUUUUUCAUCUUUUUUCUUUUCCUUUUCUCUUUUUUUUCUUUUUCUUUUCUUUCUUUUUUUUUCUUUUUCCUCUUUUUUCUUUUCCUUUUCUCUUUUUUCUUUUUCAUCUUCUUUUUCUUUUUCUAUUCCUUUUCUCUUUUUUAUUUUGUUUUCGUUCCCCUUUUUCCUUUUUUCUCUCUUUUUUUUAUUUUACUUUCCUUUAUUUUAUUUUCGUUCCCUUUUCUUUUUCUCUUUCAUCUUCUUUUUCUUUUACUUUUCUCUUUUUUAUUUUACUUCCCUGUUUUGCUUUUCGCUACCUUUUUCUUUUUUAUUUAUGUUUUUAAUUUUAUUUAUCUCUUCCUUCUACUUUUCUCUUUUUCUUUUUAUAAAAUCUUUUUCUUUUCUUUUAAUUUUUAUUUGUAUUUUUUUAUUUUUAACCCGGAAGGAAGCUCGUAAAAAAUAUGAUUUAAAACAAGAGCAUCGGCAAACAAAACAGUUUUAUACGUUCAUUUCACUCCCAUGUCACACUCUUUCUCUAUCUAUCUAUCUAUCUAUCUAUCUAUCUAUCUAUCUAUCUAUCUAUCUAUCUAUCUAUCUGAUCUUUCAUAUCUAUCUAUCUAUCUAUCUAUCUAUCUAUCUAUCUAUCUAUCUCAGUUUUUCAUAUCUAUCUAUCUAUGAGUGUCUCUAUAUAUAUCUAAGUUUAUAUGGAAGUUUAUAUCUAUCUAUCUAUCUAUCUAUCUAUCUAUCUAUCUAUCUAAUGUCUCUCUCUCUCUCUAUCUAUCUAAGUUUAUAUCUAUCUAUCUAUCUCAAGUGUUUCUAUCUAUCUGUCUAUCUGAGUGUGUUUCUUUCUUUCUAUCCAUCUAAGUUUAUAUCUAAGUCUUUUCAUAUCUAUCUAUCUAUCUAUCUAUCUAUCUAUCAGUGUCUCUCUCUAUCUAUCUAUCUGAUUUAUAUCUAUCUCACUUUUUUCAUAUCUAUCUCUCUCUCUCUAUCUAUCUAUCUAUCUAUCUAUCUAUCUAUCUAUCUAAGCUUAUAUCAAUCUCAAUUUUUUCAUAUCUAUCUAUCUAUCUAUCUAUCUAUCUAUCUAUCUAAUUUAUAUCUAUCUCACUUUUUUCAUAUCUAUCUAUCUAUCUAUCUAUCUAAGUUUAUAUCUAUCUCACUUUUUCAUAUCUAUCUAUCUAUCUAUCUAUCUAUCUAUCUAUCUAUCUGGCCUACCUACGAUCCUCUCACGUCACACCUACAAUCAUGUCACGUCUACGAUGUUCUCACGUUAUACCUACGAUACUAUCACACCUACGAUCCUCUCACAAUGCACCUGCGAUCCUCUCACGACACACCUUCGGUCCUCUGUCGCGACUACGAUGCUUACACGGUACACCUACAGUCUUCUUACGUCACGCCUAUGAUGCUCUCACGUCACGCCUACGUUCCUCUCACGUCAUGCCUACGAUAUUCUCACGGCACACCUAUGCUACUCUCAUAA